GUAAAAUUUUUGAUCGGUUGUGUUUUUGUUCAGUAAAACAAGGUUAAUAACAGGUGGAGGUUAAAUUUCCCUGUUUUAUAUAUAUAUAUUUUUAAGUUUUUACUUUCAAAACCGUUUUCUCAUAAGGCAGUGGGCUUUGAAGGCUUUUGACUUCCAUCAAAGUCCAGCAGCAGCUGAAUAGUGUUGAUCAAUCAGUUUCAAGUUGCCAUUACAGUUGAGGAUCUAGAAUUAUCUUGUGUGUUAACUACUGGAAUGAUAUGCAAUAACAAUUAAGUGUAAGCAUUAUUGGAAGUUUGUAAGGAAGCAAGAAAAAAAAAGUUCAUCACUGGAAUAGAAAAAUGUAUGUCUAAAAUACAAAAUGUUCAAUUAUCAAGUUACAAAAUUCACUUCAUUUCCUUAUCGAAAAUGUUUACGUGUGGAGAUUCUUGCUUUGCUUAAAAGAACAUUAAUGUAGAAAGUGUAUGUGAAUGAAUAUAUUGUGAUUAGCAGAAUCACAGAAUGUUGCUAAAAAAAAUGCUCCACAGAAAAAGGCCGUGGUCUGCAAAAACCUGAAGACAGGAUGUGAAGCCACAGCCUAACUGUUCGUAUCCAAAGAUGCUCACCAGUCAUAAAAAUUAUGCUAAAUAAAAUCAAAAAGGUCACCAAAAUUAAAGUGGCCAAAAUAUCAAGACUACACUUUUGUGUAGUUUUGAAGUUAAGUAACAGGAUUUGUAAAGGUAAAAAUAUAUUCUAUUCAGAUUACAACACUCCAUUCAUUUUAAAUAAUGUACAUUGAAAUAAGUUACAGACUAUUGGGACAUUAUAUAUAACAUUGAGCAAAUAUUUAAAACAGGCAAUUAUUUAUCUAGAAAUAAAUAUUUAACUUGUAGAGAGUGAAGUAAAACACCUUUCGAAAACGUGACCUUUUACACAUUUUGCCAUGUAACAAAUUUCAAGUGUAUUUUGUUGGGAUUUUAUGGUAGACAAUCACAAAGUAGAAAAAAAUUGGUGUUUCAAAUGUUUUACAAAUUUUUAAAAAUCUGAAAAAUGUGGCAGGAAUCCCUCUCAGAUAUUUCUGUAUACACCAGUUCCACCAGUUGCUUUUAGAGGUCAGUAAACAGUUUGUGAGUUAACGUUCCCAUAAUUCAACCUGAGAAAGCCUGAAGGUUAGAGAAAAUUUGUGAACAAACAUCAGCGUGAAAACCAUGGAACACAGCAGACAUGUCAGGAAGAAAGAAUUAAGAAUUGGAACUAAAUACAUGGAAAACAUGUUUGAGGAAACAAAAUAAUAAAGAAUAGGGCAGAGAUUCCUCUUCCAGCCCAACAAGGAGUCUAAGCUUAUAACCAGAAUGUUUUAGGUCAGAGUAUAACAACUAAAAUCAAAGUAUCUGGAAAAAAUUUCAGAUCUAAAAAUAUAUUCAAGCUGAAAAAUUACUUUUUAACCACUUUUAGCUCCAAAAAGCACACUAAGAAGAAUAUACUAUUGGUAUACUGGCUACUAUUGGUGUAAAUAACAACAAUAAAACAAAACAAAAAAAAAAGUAUCUGAUUCUGUUCAGGUAUUUUUAAAAUGUUUCCAUAUAGAAACUAAAUCCAGAAAGCCAGAACAAAAACCUGUUGCAGCAACCUUAAGAGAGCAUAUCAAUUUUAAUAAGGAUUUACAAAAAUGUGCAUAUUUUUAUUGAAACAGAUAAAAACUCCAGAACCAAACAAGGAGAAAGACCACCCACACAGUUCCUAUGAUGCAGAAUUAGCAUAUCUGGGCUGUGAUUGUGCAUAGUUAUGCAUUAAGAGCUCCAUGUUGGACACGCUCACUCUCAGUAGUCAUGCGCUGUGGCUGGGAAACACAAUGAAGUAGUCGCCUCAGGGAUUAACGGAGGCAAAGUGAUGCGGCGCUUUUACAAGGACCAUGAUACCUGUGGAGCACUUCUGAACACAGCGUUGCUUGGUAAUGACUGUUGCAGCUUUUUUGUGUCUAUUUUAUGUCAGAUUUUUGUUUUUCUGUUUCCCAGAAUAAAAGGACUUGUGAUUGAGAAAGAGCUUUUGCUCAGUUAAAGACUUACAAAAGCUGGCCGAGUCUUUUUCUCCGAGGUGCGUUUAUGAGGCUCUCUCUCCAUCCUCAGUGGGUCAUGUCUCUGGCACUGCUUUUAUGUGCAAAGUAAAGGCUUAUCUCUCUUUGUGCCCUCCUCCAGCGCCUGUCAUCAUUGUGACAUGCUGAGGGUUUCUCUGUCAACUACUGAAGAGCUUAUUCUGGCUCUCAGCUGUGGAUGAAGGAAGGACAUGAUGGCCAGGAUGGAGAGAUGAGGCAAACAGUUUGGGGGAUUUCAGUUUAGUCUCUGCAGAGUGAUCCCUCUCCACUACGAGGGAUUCCUGCAAUGUGGAGAUGUUAACCCAUAGAGAUGAGGAGUUGGGUGGAUUUUGAUAGCAAGAUCUCUGUGGUAAAGCUUUGAGGUGUGAGCUUUGGCCAGGAAUUAGAUUCAGUUGGGAACUUUGAGGAGUGCCUGAGGGAGUGACCCGAAGAGGCUGAUUCCUGGAUUACUGCAUCCGCCAUGACCGACUCUCAUCCAUCUGCCUCUGUGGGUAGUUCCAAGGGCAGCUCUCUUGUUUCCAGUGACUGGAACGUCACGGGCAGCGGCCCUUGGUUGUUGGCCUUCAUGUUGACUGCCAUCAUCUUUAUGACCAUCUGUGGAAACAUCCUGCUCAUCUCUUUAGUGUUUGCCCACCGCUCUUUGCGCUGCACCUCCAAUUGCUUCCUGGUGUCUCUGUUCUUCUCUGACCUGAUGGUGGCAUUGGUGGUCAUGCCUCCAGCCAUGCUCAACGUGCUGUGCGGGUCUUGGGUGCUGUGGCCUGCCUUUUGCCCAGUUUGGCUUUGCUUUGACGUCAUGUGCUGCAGCGCAUCCAUCCUGAACUUGUGUGUGAUUAGCCUGGACCGCUAUCUCUUCAUCAUUUCACCACUACGCUACAAGCAGAGGAUGACCCCACCCUGGGUUCUACUUCUGGUUGUUGCCGCUUGGAGUCUGGCAGCCCUGGCCUCCUUCCUUCCCAUUAAGAUGAACUGGCACAGUUUGGGUCAUGGGGAUGAAUACUCGCUAAUUCCUCAAGUCAGCCUUGGUAACGUCAGUUCCUUCCAUGAAACGCAAUACCCAGACUCCUACUUCCAGCAGUCACCAAUGGGAGGUGCGUCCUUUCAGUGCCGCCUGCGGGUGACCCUGCCCUUUGCCUUGGUGGCGUCCGUGCUUACCUUCUUUUUGCCCUCCAGCACCAUUUGCUUCACCUAUUGCCGGAUCCUUUUGGCAGCACGGAGACAAGCAAAGAGAGUUGCGGCAUUGAGUCACCCUCCUGACCCUCAUCCGUCCUUUGGAGAACCUUCCCGGCCUCCUUCGCCCGGUGCUGCUGCCGGGUCAGCUCAGGAAGGUGGAUGUGACUGCAGUCAUCAAGGACCUGCCAUGUCUCAAAAUGCACUGCUGUCUGUGACCAGUGAGCGCCGUCUUGCUCACAAGCAGGGUCGGAGGGCACUGAAGGCCAGCCUCACACUAGGAGUCCUUCUGGGACUUUUCUUCAGCGCCUGGUUACCCUUUUUUAUCACAAACAUGGCUCAGGCAGUAUGUGAGUGUGUCCCACUUGCACUGUUUGACGCCAUCACCUGGCUGGGCUACUGUAACAGCACCAUAAACCCAAUCAUCUACCCACUGUUCAUGAGGGACUUCAAGCGAGCUCUGGCUAAGCUCCUGCCCUGCUGUUCAUCGCGGUCACCCCGGAGACCCUCGCCGGCUCUCUCCAUUUCUUUGCGCAACUCAGGGGAGCCCAACAUGGCCAGCAACCUGACCUCGCCUCUGGCCUCCAACCCCGCACAUCCAGCAGCCACUGCCACAGACGGGGUCAACCUGCUGGACGCCGAACACGCUGGGGUCGAGUUGCCUCUGCUUCUUCCCAAUCAGGUGGACAACCUGGACUGAAUCACUGUGGAAGCACAACCAGUUAGUGACUGAGGAAUUACACAGGGAGUACGAGCCAUUGAUUGUCCACGGUCUUCUGAGCGGCUCUUACAGACUGAGGAAGAACAAAUGAAGCUCCUGCUACUUCUCUGGUGGGAACUCCCACUGCCACCAAGAUGGUGUCCAUCUGACGCAUGUAGUCCAAGUGGCCUUUCACCUGGCAGACAUCAUGCAUAUGUUUUCUUAGUUUUGACUUUGGCACAAAUUAUUGACAUGCAUAUGCAGCUGAAACCAGAUACGUACACAAACUGUUUAAAAAGUCAGGUUUUUAUCAUACUCUGCCAAAGUGUGGCGAGGUGUUAUUUGUGGUCCUUAAAAGGAUUUUAUUCGGCCCCCAGCGGCAAGUCACAAAUGGUAAAAAUUUGACCAAAAACUCAGAAAACAAUUGAUGACCAAAUAAAAAAAUCACAGUAAACUAUUUUGUAUUUUUAAUUUAAUAAAUUUUGUGGCCCACUAGUCAUUUAAAUUUGCCAGUUUUGCCCCGGUCCAAAAAGUUUGGACAGGGCGUGGUUCGGCCACACCCGGCGUGGUUCGGCCACAUUCAGCGUGGUUCAGCCACACCCGGCGUGGUUCGGCCACAUCCGGUUACAAUCAGAUUUACAAUCUGAUUAGUUUCCUAACUAACCUUGGGUUAGUUUACUAAACUAAACUAACCUGUUUAGCUUAGUCAUUGUUAUAUCAUGAUUUCUACUUUUGAUCCCAGAAUAGAGUUUAUUUAUAUUAUUUAUAAGGUUAAUUAAAUGUGUGGUAUUUAUGCUGGGUUCAAACCAAUCAGACUAAUAUUUGGUGAAACUUUUUCAUGAAGCUGCUGUCACACUGUUUCUGUUCAAUGUUUGUACAAAUGUGUCGUCUGUGGGUGUAAAAGUAAAGAAAGAAAAUGGAUUUUUAUCAGUCCUGUGACGUAUAUGAAGUAUGAGUUUAAAUUUUGAUCUCCUGUUUUGCAUUGUCUGUUUUGGGUGUUGUAUUGCAUAAAGACAGAAUAAGCUGCUGUA